AUUUUUUUAGCUAAUCGAAAAAUGCAGUUGUUAACAAAUAUGGAGAUUUCUGAGGAUGGACCAUUAUUCAGAGCUACUAUCAAGCAUCUCGAAAGUCGUACAACCGUCUUGAAAGCUCGAGUAAAGCGAAUUAUCAAGGCAGCAACUACCUCCUUGGAAGCUAGAAGACAAUUAGCAAUGGCAGACGGGGAAUUUAUGCAGACAUUGCAAGAUAUCGAAUGUGUUGAACCCUUGAUGAACCAUUAUCUGAAUGAUGCUUGGACAAAGAUCACAGAGGAAAGGCAGCGAUUGGACGCUGCAUUAUCAACACAGCUACUGGAUCCCAUCAAGGCACUAUAUGAACAGGACAUUAAAAUGGCAGAUCUGAAGAAGCGACAGUUUGAGGAAGAGAGUAAAGAAUACUAUGCUGUGCUGGCCAAAUACUUAAAGCGAAAGCAUGUUGACGAGGAAAGGCAGGUGGCUCGGAAAUUAAAGUUUGAUCUAGCACGUUUCGACUACCUGGGGUAUCUCUUGGAUUUGCAUGGGGGUAAAAAAGAGCACGACAUUCUUUUCUGCAUCACAGAUCAUAUCGUUCGUGAAGUCAAGUAUUUCGAAUCAAUAGCGCAAAAGGUUGAGAAUACUAAGCCUGGGCUCGAAUUAUUAUCGAAAUUACUAGAAGAUACAUCAAAGCAGCAUGCGCUGAAGAUUCAGGCAAGGGCCGCAAAGAGGAAAGAGAUGGAAAAUAUGUUGAUUACUGAACACUUGGAUAAGAAGAGACGGCCCAGUAAUUCUGAAUGUCAAGCUAUCUCUUCCAUAUCUUGUGAUACAGAUCAGUCGUCUUCAAGCACCAAUGAGGACAAAUUUAAGGGUAUCAGAGACCUAGCACACCAAGCGAAUAGAGGAAAUGCUCUGUUAGGUCGCAAAAAGGAAGGGUUCUUGUUCGCAACUUCAAAGCCAUCCAAAAGUUCCGGGUUUGAGGUUAAACAUACCACUCAAGCAUGGCACAAAUACUGGUGUGUUGUAAGCGGUGGGCAGUUUUACGAGUACACAAACUGGAAGAAGCAACUGGAGCCACAUAACAACCCGAUAGACUUGAGGUUCGCAAGCGUACGUGAAGCACGAAAUUCAGAGAGACGAUUCUGCUUUGAGAUCAUAACGCCAAAGAUUCGGAGACUGUACCAAGCAACGUCACAGGAAGAGGCUGAACAAUGGAUGUCUACCGUACAAAAUUCAAUUGAAGGUGUGCUGAAUGGCACAAGCAGCUCAACAAACUUUAAGGAUACCUUUCUAUCGCCUUCGACAUCCACUCCCACGUCGACAUCCAGUAGUAACAAGAGUCAUGGUAGUGCCAAGAAAAAGCGAUCCAGUCGUGCUCGUUCAUUAAGCGUUGUACUAAGAUCUGUAGCCCUUGAGAAGCAAGUUCAUGAUGAUACAGGUAAAUCUCUUGAGGUUCCUUCACAACCAACAGCGACAAGCCUUCGAUCAAGGUGGUCUAGUUUUCAUUUUGGCCAAACUAGGAAGCAUCUAUCUUUUUCCAUCCAUUCACAGGCAAGAAGUAUCAAGACAAAAUCAUCAAUGAACAGUAUUAGUUCCAAGUAUGACUCUAUACCUACGGCAGAACUACUAAGCAUGCUGAGAGAAGAUGAAUCAAAUCACUCCUGCGCUGACUGUGGAGCCAAAGAUCCGGAUUGGUGCUCGCUAAAUCUGGGCGUCUUAUUGUGUAUCGAGUGUUCAGGAAUUCACAGAAGCCUUGGCACACAUAUUUCAAAAGUACGAUCGUUGAAGCUAGACAGGGCUUGCUACACUCCCGAAGUCGUACAGUUCUUGCGUUUGAUGGGUAACGCGCAAGCAAACACUAUUUGGGGUCAUCAAACUGCUCGUGUAUCCCCUACAGACAGUCACGAGGCAAAGCUGGCCUACAUUCAAGCCAAGUACGUCGAUCGUAUGUUUGUUGACAAGGAGAAUGAGUUGGCAAGGCUAUUCUUCCAGGCAAUCGAUGAAGAGAGCAUAUCCAAUGCUUCGAUUGCACUACAGCUCUUCAAUUUGGCAAGCUGUAAGGAUGAAUCGGAUGAAGACGACGAUGACGAAAUUAAGGAAGAGACAUCUUUAGAGUUAAGUCGCGGUAUUGAAGACGAUAAAAUAAGCAUCGUCAUAGCAUCAGCAUAAACAGGGCAUAAAUAAUCAUUGGCAUAAAAUGGCAUCUUUAGGCAUAGUUAAGGCAUUAGUCAAAGAAAGGGAACACAUUGUAUAUUUACUAAUAAAAAGAACCGACUAAUUUCAUUAAAGUCCAAAACGUUGCUUUACACUUUUUUUCAGUUUGACAAUCCAAUCUUGAAUACGUUCUAUA